UUGAUCAGAGUCACUCGAACGCGCCGCUGCUCAACCAUUCGGAAUUGGCGCGAAAAAUAAAUAAAAAUAUAAAAAAGUUGAACUUACAAGUUUUUUAUAUAGUAUAGACGCUCAAAUAUUUACGUGCUGCAUCGGUUUUGUCGGCAAUUGGAAAUGCUCAUUAUGUGAUGUUUGCGUAGAGCUGCGCCCAGUCAGCCGAUCUGCCAUAAAAAAAAACUAAUCCCUCAGCGAAAAUGUUCUACCCAAUCUGCUAAAUAGGAAGACCAACACAAAAAGUUCCGAGAUCCAGAAGAAAUAAAUAUCUGGUUACGUGACUGUUCUGAAUGCCCGACAUGCAUAGUAGCAAUGAAACGGAAAUGAACCAAUGUCCCAAUACGAAACGUAGACAAAUCGAUCCGUCGACUCCAAAAAACUGUAGUACUUCGUCCACGGAUUCGGGUGUUAUACUGAAUGAUAAUGCGGCAUCUUUCCGGCCGAAGAAGGAGAACAAAGAUCGGGGGACGGACGAAGGGCAUUCCCAAUCAAAAUCGGAAGCGAAAACGGAACCCAAGCGUAUCAGCAUCGAGCACACCGUGAAUAUAACAAAGGAAAAAGCUGGAAAGACUUCAUCAUCGCCGACGGUUUCUAUACGAAGUACAACCAUUUCCAUUGUGUCCAUCGAUGAGAAUGCCAUCGACUCCAGUUGUAUUGAUAGUGACUCGGAGGGCGAUGCCGAGGAUUAUACGGUGCAGAAGCUGGGUCACCAGGUCACCUACCCGCCCAACAGUUCCCACCUGCGCGACCUUAACCAGGGUCUAACGGUGAUCAGUCGUCAGGUGGCGCCGGGUCAGGCGGAAGUCCCACCUCCAAAUCCCCUAGAAGCUGGGGUCGUUGCCAAGCAGAUAUUGAAUGGCAAUCUGGCCCUGGCCACGCCCACUUCUCCGGCGGGCGGAGCAACCCAGGGAAUCGGUAGCAUUGCGCUAACCAACUCCACGGAUGUGACCUUCGGUGAUAAGCACUUCUACGAGGGACCCGUGACGAUACAACAGUUUCUCAUCGACAAUCGGGACAAGUGGAAAGCGGGCGAAGGACCAGGUGGUGGACAGGAUAAUCCCGCCUUCAAUGGUGGCGUCACCGCAAAUGGCAAUGCGCCGGGUUCCAAGCUGGAUGACCCGGCGCAGCCACCCCCCCUCUGCCCCUUUCUGCCCAACACAAUAGGUCGCAAGGCUGUCACAAUAACGGUGGUUUUUGUCCUUUUAACCAUCUUGCUAGGCAUCGUACUGGCCACCACCACAAACCUCUUCGGCAAGUCGUUGAACCAAAGUAAGCACAGCGAUGUCGACGAUUCCAGACCAAAUAUUCCAAUCAAUUCAACAAUAGGUCUGGACAAUAUUGGUGGAGGAUUAAUACUGCGCUUUGUGGAGCGUCAGCAAUGGCUAGCCCAGCCGCCGCAGAAGAAGAUUCCGGAUCUGGAAAAGCCCGUUAAAUUGGUCAUAGUCCUGCCCACCAAUUCCGAUGACUGUACCACCCAGGCGCAGUGUGUGUUUCGAGUACGAUUGCGUCAGUCCUUCGAUAUAGAGUCGGUGCAGGAGGAUGAUAUAGUCUUCAAUUUCCUGAUCGGCGGCGAUGGCAACGUUUACGUGGGACGUGGAUGGGACCAAGUGGGCGCCCACAUGGCCGGCUAUAACUCGAAGAGUCUUAGUUUCGCCUAUAUCGGAUCUUUCCAGACCAUCAAGCCGUCGGCCAAGCAGCUCAGCGUCACACGUCUUUUACUGGAACGCGGCGUUAAGCUGGGGAAGAUCGAUCCCAACUACCGAUUUACAGCGGCCAGUAAAUUGGAGCCAACUCUUACCCAAUAUAAGGCGGAUGCCCUCUACCAAAGCUUUGGCAACUGGACUCAUUGGUCGUGAAUAAUAGUUUAAGAUAUGCGCAUCUCCGAUAUAAGAAUGUUAUCAUUCAUUUUCGUAUUGAUAUUGUAGCAUAGGUGUUCUCCCAUUAAUGUGUGGCAUAUUUGAUUUAGCUAGAAUUACGAUUUGUUUGAAAAAAUGUGAUAUUAAAUAAAGCAAAGUGAUUAACUUGA